AUGCUCGGAAAAGGAAUACAUGGAGAAGUGUUUCCAAUGAUGUUCCGAUCAAAAAGAGUUGCUGUUAAAAAAGUUGAGUUUAUAUAUCCAGAUACUAUUACUGGGUUUUUAGACGAGUUGGACCUUUUGGCAAAACUUAGAGGCCAUGAAAAUAUAGCUGAAUUGUAUGCUGUUUCUCUUGAUGGAUACAAUGGGUUUUUAAUCAUGGAAUAUUGUGAUUAUGGAUUAUGGAAUCACUAUUUCAAUAAGCAAAAUAAGCAAAAACCAAAGAUUAAUUUUGACAAACUGCAAUUCCUUUCAUUACUCAAUGAUAUAGCUAACGGAAUGGAGUGGAUGCACAAAAAAAAUGUGUUACACAGAGAUCUAACAGUCCAUAAUAUUGUAUUGCUAGAAUAUAAAGGAGAACAAGGACCAUUCCUCAAAGCCAAGUUGAUUGAUUUCCAUUUAAGUGUUUCCAAAGACUGGUCAGAUGCUGAAGAGAAACUGAAAUUCCUACCUCUUGAAAAAUUAAUCAAAUGUUCUCCUGAAGCCAUUAAUGACAAAUCAAAUUAUCAUUUCCCAAGUGACGUUUUCAUGUUUGGGAAUAUACUAUGGGAAAUAUUGCACCGAGAGGAAAUAUAUCAUCGGCUCAAAUUUAAACAUGCCAUUCAAUUGAUUUUACAGGGAAAACUAAAACCUGUAACUGUAAAAAUUGAUUUAGAAGUUUUGAAAGUUUUGGAAAACUGUUGGAACCUUGAUCCAGACCAAAGGCCUACAUUUGAGAGCAUAGUUAAGGAGCUUUCUUCUCUGCUUGAACAUGAAAAGAAGAAACGAAUGAGAUACAACCAUUUCAAUGCCUUAAAGUAA